AUGAGACUUGAUAAUAAUGAUGAAAUAGAUGUAGAAAUUGUCAAUAUCUAUCAUCCUCAUAUUGAAGAUGCAUUUAAUGAAAGUUUAAUAUAUAUUCAACCACAAUCAAUUAUUUCAAUACCCUUAGGACAAGAAAUUCAAGCAAAAACAGAAUUAACUGAUGCUCUUUUAUUAAAAGAUAUUCGAAAUUCAUUAGAAAAUUUUGAAUAUAAUAAUGAUAUCUUACGAUAUUUAUAG